CUCGUUUCAGGUGUCCAUAGUGAGCGCGAGCCGCGGCUUGAGCAGGGAUAACACGGGAGCUAUAAAACACGCAGAGAGAAGCGAACUCCUCGCGAAGAAGCGGACCGCAAACUAACGAACACCCUCGCAACUCAACUUAACGGAUAGCGCGAGCGCAAGACCGGAUUAUCCAACGCGCGGCUGACGACGCUUUCUCAACUUGUUGACAUGAGAGCUUUUCGUGCAAAACAUUUCGCUGGAGCUCGCCGGUGAACCGCAACACCUUAUUUUCGCGUCUCAAAUGACACGCGACACACCGACUCCCGGCUCUGCGUUACGAUCUUGAUCUCCGAGGUGGCCACCAAUGCCAGGAAUCGGCGCAAACGCACCGCGAAAUAAGAAGUGGGAGAUGGAGGAAUACGACCAGUAUCAGCACUAUUUUUACGACGACCUCAACUUGGACGAGGACUUCUUUUUCAAAUCGACCGCACCAAGCGAGGACAUUUGGAAGAAAUUCGAGCUCGUGCCAACCCCGCCCAUGUCGCCCGUCAGGACGCUGGAAGGGACCGCUCCAUCUCCAGGGGACAGGCUGGAGUGGAUGUCCCAGUUCUUGGGGCAGGACGACGAGCAGGAGGGGCAGUGCGAGCUGAACGCGGAGGAGACUCUGGAGAACUUGAGCUCCAUCAUCAUUCAGGACUGCAUGUGGAGCAGUUUCUCCGCCGGCCAGCAGCUGGAGAAAGUUGUGAGCGAGCGCCUGUCCUGCUCGGCGCAGUCGAAACUCUCCGGCAAGGCGCAGUGCGUCCCUGCGGACAGCAGCUUGGCGACAGAUUGCGUGGACCCAGCAGCUGUCCUUACCUUCCCUCUGAGCAGCAGCUGCAAGAAACAGGUGUCAUCCGGGUCAGAGUCUCGCACCGACUCCUCCGAUGACGAAGAAAUUGACGUUGUGACGGUGGAGCACAAGCAGAACAAGGCGCGUUUGGUGAACGCCCGUAAACCGGUGACCAUCACGGUUCGCGCGGACCCCUAUGACCCUUGCAUGAAGCGUUUCCACAUCUCCAUUCACCAGCAGCAGCACAACUACGCCGCCCGCUCUCCCGACAGCUAUCCCGAGGAGGAGCCUCCCCGCAAGAAGAUCAGGCAAGAGACCUUACAGCCACGGCUGUGCUCCACGCCCCAAACCCCCGAAAGAAAGACGCCCUCACCUUCCCCCUCGGCUCCCACCCCGUCUCAGACUGCCUCCGCUUCUCCAACACACACGUCCUACCACUUCAAAUCCCAACCGUCCAGCCCUCAGAGUUCGGACUGCGAGGACACGGACAAGCGGAAGACACACAACUUCUUGGAGCGGAAGAGACGCAACGACCUACGCUCCCGGUUUCUGGCCCUGCGGGAUGAGAUCCCAGGCCUGGUUGACUGUCCAAAGACGCCCAAAGUUGUGAUCUUGACCAAGGCCACAGAAUACCUGCGUGCGCUUCACGUCAGCGAAAAACAGAAGACCCAGGAGAAGAAGCAGCUGAAAAACAGGCAGCAGCAGUUACUGCGGAGACUCGCUGAAAUGAAACGCGCAUAAUCCUUCAUAGUCCAGCCAUAUUUUCAAUAGAAACCCUGUAGAAGUCCUUGUUUCGUUUUGGUUUUUUUUCUAAAGUGGGAUAUUUAAUGGAACGGACUCUGUGUUUUGAGAUUAGUUCUUCAGUUUUUGUUCUUUGCACACUUGCCUUCGCAACACGGGGAGACGUACUUGUGGAACUGGUUCAAACAUAUUCCAAAGAGGGACAUUAUUUCUGGUUUCCAUUUUGAAAAUCGAAGAUUUAUACCAUGAAUGCGCGUUACCUUAAAUUCGUGAAAGCUACGGUAUUUGGGGCGGGGGAAGUACCUUUUCAUUGAAUUCGCAUGCCAAUUUAGGCAUUAUUUGAAAUGUAGCAAUUUAUAUGCAUGUGUAACUGAUUUUCUAAAUCAUCAAACCCCCGUUUCGUGGCGGGAUCUUGAAUCUAUCUGGGUAAAUAAAUAUAUUUAAGGGUCUUUGAUCAAUGUGACUUCUCCGUUAAUAGUGCUUUAUCGAAAAUUCACCUAAAUUAAAGGAGAGCUGUGUGCCCCCAUUGCCACACGAUGACGGUGUAAGUUUAACAGACAGGAAGUUGCAUCACUGUUCCUUUUUGUUACAUUGUGUUCUUUUUUUCUUUUUUUUGUCUGUUAUUGUAUAUUAUUGUUGUUAUCUUGAACAUUCAGGACAGUGUCCAGCACAGCCUUGCAGUGUAUAUUAACUGCGGCAUAUUCUUUGGACAUAUGUAUAUAAUUGUAGUGGUGUACAGGACAUUGUGUAAAAAUACUUGCUCGUGUUUUGAAUAUGAAAAUCAGCACUGUUAAUAGACUUUAUUUUCUAUUUUUCUGUCAGUUGUCCUAAAACUUGGUUGGCCCACCUGCCUUCCCUAAGAGUAUCUCAAAGUUUAUAUUUUUGUUAAGAAAAGUAAAAAAAAAAAUCAAAAAGUUAAAUAAAACGACACUAUCAACAUUUCAUUUUCAUCACUAGCCACUUUAUGCUGUUUUCACUGCCUGUUCCUUUUGUGUUCGGAAAUUUCUUUGGCUUAUUGCUUUUGUGGCAGGAAAGAAUUUUGUACUAAUUAUAUUUUCUUACAGAAUUAAUUGUAUCAUUGUUUGAUUUCUAUUUAAAUAUAAAGUUGUACUGGUGGCAUAUGCUUGCUCCUCUCCAAUCACGACCGUGGUAGUUUGAAGCUUAUGCACAUGGUCGCUACUAAUGCAAUUAUUUAAAAAAAAAUAAAUAAAUAAAAGUAAUGUUGUACCUUCGGCUUUGAAAUUGGCCAAAAGAGCAAAAUAUGCAUAAGCCAUCAGUAACCCGUUGUUGUUGCUUUUUUUUUCCACUUUGGUCCCUUGUUGUCGGGUGUCAUAAUGGGAGAAUGGCAGCAGCGUUGUCUAAGCACUUUGUGUUCUGUACCUCAUAAGCCUAUAUACAUAAACUCAAAAUUUGAAAAAAAAAAAAACCAAUAAAUUCAGUUCAAAUCAUAA